AGCAAGAUAGUCAGACUUUUUGAUCUCCAGUCUAGAAUCUUUCUUAUAUAGCAUAUACAGCCAACAGAGUAAGAAGAAACCCAAUACUCGAAUAUCAUCGCAAAGAUAUCGGCGGCUGUCUUAUGCCGAAAGUAACCCGACUUGCCGAACAUUCAAUAUCAUGCAUGAGAAGUCGGCCGAGAACAGGCUAUAGAAUGCCGUGAUGCUUGACAAAUCCCGAGUGGUGAGUCAGCAAGAUCACUUGUCAUUUUCUGUACAGUACAUAUGGACUUUGAACAAGUGGUUACGGAGUAUGUUCUCGGUUGUCCUCUUUAUGGAGUACGGCAGGGGGUCGGACUUUGAGAACCCUUUUCCGUACCUUAAUGAUCAAUUGAUGGCUUAUCAUGAUAACUCCCCAGGCAACGCCAAUGUGCAAUUUUAUGACCGACAAACUUUAAAAAAAAAAGAAAAAAUCGCAGUCAGCAAAACAACGAAACAGAUAAAAGAGAAUAACAGUGCCGUAGUAUUCUCGCGCUCUAUCUGAAAGAACGCAUAGUCCCUAAAUCCUUCAUGAACCUUUUGGUAUCAAAGUACCCUGAAACAUAUAGUAAUUUAAAGCAGCCAUUGUUCGGCUCUGCUUAAAGUGGUAUCCUUAUGACGUAAUCUGAAUCCGCGCAAGACAUUCAAGCCUAUGUCGUAUGCACAAUGCAAUCAUGCCCGU